UAACAAAUAUGCUGAUUUUGUUUCAUUUAUUGUUGGUAUUUGGAGAAAAGUGUUGUGCAAACAAUUUGUUCUAUGUGACAAAGGCUGUGAAAGUUGGAGAUCAUGUGAAGCUAGACUGUUCACGCGGGUCUGCAGGAGAGCUUGUCUGGAUGAGAAUUGUCUUUGAUCAUCCUCCAGAAAAUCUUGAAAAAACAGAAAAUAAGACUCCGCAUGUUAAAGUGAAACUAGAACCUGGAACACUUGAACUGAAAAUAGUAGAAGCAAAGCAGAGCGAUACUGGUCUUUAUAUUUGUAUGAGGAAUAAAAGUGGAAAUCUUCUGUCUUUUAAUGUAACGUACUUGAGAGUUGAAGAACCUGCUGUGACCGAGGCCCCUCCACCUACUCCAUCGCUUCCUGUUUGCCCAGGAAACUCAAUGACUUUGCAAUGUUCCAUUCUUCAUGACUCCCUGAAUAACUCAUGUCUAUCCAAUGAAAGUGUGCUUUGUUUCAACACUGAAUCUAAUAAUUUUUAUCCAAAUAAUACUAAAGACAACAGAGUAAACAAAGAGGAGAAAAACUCUGAGGGGACAUCGGUCAACAAAUGUUUCCCCAGUAUUUUUAAGAACCUGCCUUCUUCUGAUGGUUGGACAUAUUACUGUGCUGCUCCCAAAUGUGAGGAGAAAACACCAGAGGAAAGGACACAAACUAACAUAUGCACUUGGACUUCAAAGGAUGAAACAGUUAAAAACUGUUUAAUUGCUGCUUUGGUCAUCAGUCAAAUAUUUAUAGUUUUACUGCUGUAUUUGGUUAAAAAGCUAAAGACAGAAUCAAGAGACUCCUCUCAUGAAACAGUUCCUCAACAAAUAUCACCAUCAGCCCACAGUGAUCAGGAGAACCAGCAGGCGAGUAAAAACAAUUGAAAAAAAAGAAAAAAAAAAAACUUGCAUUAUUUUUUAAAAAUGGCUUUGCUAAUAACUUAAAAUUUGUAAUCUCUUUAGGAAAAUGAAGACAUACUGGUUUAUGCAGCGCCCGUUUUUACUGGAAGAAAAACAAGGAAGACAACGAAAAGAGUCAGACAAGACCAAAGUGAAGAAAUUAUAUACUCCAGCGUCCAUAGACUCUAAACUGUGUUGCAAAUUUGCAGCCCACUCACCAAAUGUGCAUAAAACUUCCAUUUGGUGGGUAGAAAAAUAAUCACUAGCCCCUUUGGCAGGUGAGGGGUUGUGCAUCGUCUCUGACAGGGGACUCAAACUCUCAAUCAUGACUUUUGUGUCCCCCCCUGGAUACCACAAACGUCAAUCCGAGAGUUGGUUCAAGCAUUUGUUUCUGACGUUAUUGUGCAGAUUUAAUAGGCGCACCACAAGGUGCAUUCAGGGGAUGCAUGCAAAUUUCCACACUUACCUGCUUUCAUUAUGAACUCACUAUUGCUGCAUUAAGGUUCACUGGUAAUUUUUAGCAUAUGCUCACACUGGCCUCAGCCGACCUAAACACGCAUUCACAUGUUGCUUCAUGUCAUUAUAACUCUUUUGAAAUGACUUGGCCCAAUCUGAAUUAUUCCCUUCUCUCUAACCCUCCAUUUGAAGCAGCACUUGUAGUGAAAGUAAUGUCUGAAAUAUUUAUUUAAGAUCCCAUGAAGAAGUGGAGGGAUAAAAAGCUCUUAGUCGUGAUCUUAAACCAUGUCACAUUGUGCCGCAGAGGAGAAGCGUUCUUCUUAUGCGGGUGCGCUCUGAAGAACAGAAGUUUACUUUUAAAUGUAAGUAAUGGCUUUUGAGUAUGACCUUUUUAAAGUCAUAAAACUGCUGUUAUUAUGUUUAUUCGAAACUCCACGUUAAAUGCUAUUGGUCAUGUCACUUCUGCUCAGUGGCGUCUGAAUUCGGGGACACUUUUUCCUUUUAACUAACCAUUUGGAGGGCUGAAUGUAGAGGUAGAGAGAAGGGAAGAAUUUGGAUUGGGCCUAAGACACCCAAAAACAACAGACUGAACUAUAAGAACGAACAAAAUAAUGUAGAACGUUGAACAUAUUUUUUUAUAAAUGCAUGUUUUUUCUAUGUAUUUUUAAUCCUCACUCUUCUUUUGUACAUUGAACAAAACAGUUGUGAUUUGGACAAAUUUCCUAAAAAAUGUUAA